CAUUUCCUUCACUCGCGGUGAAUUAGUUUCGCUCACCCACCUGUUCACGGUGGAUAGAGAUCAGAAUGGGAAAGCUUCAGGAAUUCGAAAUAACUUUUAAUAACAACAAAACAGUUUAUAGUCCCGGCGAAUCCCUCUCUGGAACUCUGAAAAUCACAAUUACACAGCCCAUACUAUGUAAAGCAAUCAAAGUGAACUGCCAGGGCUUCUGUGGAGUGACCAGCAAAUCAAAUGACACAGACUGGACAGACGAGGAGCAGUAUUUCAGCAGCUCAGUCUCAAUAGCAGAUAAAGGCACUCUGAAAGAGGGCGAGCACAUUUUUCCCUUCAAGUUUCUCUUGCCAGCUGCUGCACCAGCUUCAUUUGAAGGGCUUUAUGGACAGAUUAUAUACAGAGUUCGGGCUUUCAUAGAGACACCUCGUUUUGCGAAAGACUACAAGAUAGAGAAGCCGUUCUCUAUGUUGAACAUAUUAAACCUGAAUGAAGUACCUGGUAUACAGGAACGUAGCUCAUCUUCUGUAACCAAGAAUUUCUCAUACUCGCUUAUGAAGAAUGGGACAGUGGUGCUGAAUGCUGAGAGUGACAAGCGGGGAUAUAUCGCUGGACAGAUCAUUAAAGUGUCUGCUGAGAUUGAAAACAAAUCUGAGAAGUCAACCGGCCAUGUGGUUGCCAGUUUAAUGCAGAAAGUAACAUAUAAUACCAAGAAGCCGACCUAUGACUUGCGGACAAUAGCGGAGGUAGAAGGACCUGGAGUUAAGGGUGGAAAUAAAACUGAAUGGAAAGAGAAGAUAAUUGUCCCUACUCUUCAUCAGUCCUCCCUGACUGAUGGAAACCUCAUCCAUAUCUGCUACUACAUUCAUGUCUAUUUGAAACGCCCAGAGGCGUCCUUAACUCUGCCCAUUUACAUUGGAAACAUUGCAGUGGAUCCAACUCGGCCUUCCCCCUCUCGGUCGGUUCCACCUAUGCCAGCCCCACGUAACUACCCCACCCCUGCCCCUGCCUCUGCCUCUGCCCCUGCCCCUGCCCCAUCUCCUGCUGCUGCUCCCGCUGAAUCAGCCGCUCCCAAUCUGCCGCCACGCACAACCCCAAAACCUGCACCCAAACCUAGGCCUCGUAGCGCCUACGCGUCCCCCAGUGCGCCUCCAGCGGAUCUGUACCCAGAGCUCUCAGGCUUGGCUAACUACAACGGGGAAAUGGCAAAGAGUCCACAGCAUGAGUCAGGUUCCCAGGCUGCAGUGUCCCCUAAUGCAUUCAGCUACGCUCCUGGACUCAGCUUUAGACAGAAACAGAACUCCAGCGGCCCAUCAGCACUGCCCUUGAGUUCAUCCUCCCGUCCUCAAGACACAAACGGGAAUCAAAUGUCCUCUUCAGCAAGCUUGCCUCCAAACUAUAGGAGUUCAGAAUAUCCACAUGAACCUCCACCUUCUUAUGAAGAUAGCUGCAAUAUAUAGGAUGUUAACCAACCAAAUGAAGAAGGGAGAAAAAACAGUGAAAACAUUCAUAGCACUCCUGUGACUUUAUAAUAAAUGCAGACCUCAAGCACUUUUAAACCAAAUGUGUAAAUAUACAAAUUCUGUGUUCUUCAGAGUACUGAUAUUAAACCUUAGAGGUCAACUGAAGUAAUAUUUCAGAUGUGGUUUGGCAGCAAUAAUGCCAAACAGUUGGACAUUUUGCUUUUUAUUCUUGUCACUGGAAAUUAGAUCUGUCUCUUGCUAAAGUUAUUUUACUACUUGUUUUUAGGAGUUUUAUCAUGAAAGAGUAUUAAGUACUCUUUUACUAGUAGACUGUCCCUUGUUUUAUACAUUUGUGCUUGCAAUCACAACCUCCAAUGUAUAUUUGCUUUUAUUAUGUUCAGGCUUUGUUUUCGUACUUUCCUGAUAAGAUACAGAAGGAUCCAGUUCUAAUUUAAAUUGUAACUUUAAGCGUAUACUAUGUUUGAAUACACCCAUAAUCCUCAUUAUAGGAGACUACUGAAUAUAUAAAGUUCUGUGGUAUUUAAUUGUUGUUUUCUUACUUUGAUAGUAUUUUUUCUCCCAAGACAGUUUUAUUGCACACUACUUGCAUGUUAAAAACGUUUUUGUAUUUAAGCAGUGAUUUACAUUUAAAUGUAGUGUACAGAUGAAUAAAAUUCUUUUGAAAAUCAA